AUGGUGGAAGAGACGUGUCGAAUCAAAAUGGAUUUUGACCAGCGGAUUUUGGACCGAGUCGCAUCUCGAACCGUUAUCAUCACUGGGGGCGCUGGGGGAAUUGGCGCCGCUACAGCUAAAGUCUUCAACGAACAUGGUGCUAAUGUUGUUCUUGCCGACAUACACGCGGUUAAAGAUCAAGCACAAAAUGUGAUUGCAUCCCUACCUCAUCCCCGCAAAGCAACCUAUAUUCCUGUUGAUGUUCUCAACUGGCAACAAAUGAACGAACUUUUCCAGCGUACCGUGGAAGCUUUCGGGGACAUCCAUAUUGUGGUAGCUAAUGCCGCAAUUAUGGAAUCAACUGAAACACUGUGUAUGGAAAACAUGGACAACGGAGGGAAUUUAAGGGAGUCGGAAGAGGCUUUUCGUGUCAUCGAUGUUAACUUGAAAGGAACAUUGAACAGUAUCUCCCCAGCUCUCUCUUCUCUACCUAGCCUUGCACUAACAUCCUGCCUCCCAGCUUUAAGGCUUGUAGCAUCCACGUCAGGGUAUUUCGGAGACACUGGGGUCGCGGCAUAUGUUGCUUCGAAACACGGAGUAAUCGGCUUACUACGAGCGUCGCAGAAAGCUGCACAGAAACACGGCAUUGUGAUUAAAGGAAUUGCACCGUUCUUCACUCCAACUCAAAUUACGACAGGGAUAACGGAGAAAUGGAAAGCUGCCGGACUUGAAACCAACACUCCGGAGAUGGUAGCGCGUGCAAUUGUACGGUCAUCCGUCGACGACUCUAAAAGUGGAGCAUGUACAUUGAUUUCCGGGAGGUUCCAGCAAGAACUGGAGUUUACCAGGAACAGUGCUAUUCCACAAUGGCUAGGGGAAGACUUGUCUCAAUUCAUGAAGCGUGCGUUUACCUUCCUCAGAGAUAUGGGUGGGUUUGCUCUGCCAAAUGGAUUGCCUGGGCGUAACUCAUGA